CGACAACAAACACAACACUUUUAUCCAACGAGAUAACGCUCUGAAGAUCCUUUUUCUUCUCUUUGGUCCGUGGAUGGCCUGAAGCGGAUGGGAGGAACGUCAGAAAGGAGGAGAAGAGGGGAGAGAAAGAGAGAAGGAUAAGAGGAGAGAGACACUUAGAGGUGACUUCUGGGACAAUGAGGGCAAGUGACGGAUGGCGGCACAGACCUCUUCUUCCUAAUCCAGCGUGCAAGUCAAUAUACCAAGUCUGAGCAGCCAGUGUAAUGAUGUCGGUAUAAGCGUUUGCGGGAAAGUGGGGCAGUGUAUCCUUGUGGUUUAUAUAGGUUUUGCCAGUAUGUGGUUAUGGUGGUGGAUAAUGAGAAGAUUUAGAAAUAAUCCAAACGAGGAAUUGAUCGAUUGCGGAGUGUGAACUGGGGACGAGAGGGUCGAGGGGGGAGGUGUGCAUCUCGGUGUAGGAAUUGGCAAAUUCUUUUCAUCUCUGGUCCCUGGAGAUGGAGUUAGGGAAGGAUGUGUGUGAUGAGGAGGAGGAGGCUAAGGAGGGGGUAGUGGGGGCUGAAGGAGGUAUGUCAUUGAAGGAGGCCAAAGAUGAGGGCACUCCCAAGGACGUCAGUGCCGCCGAAAGUAAUGAGGAGAAGGAUACAAAGGAUGGCAUAAACGAGGACUCUGAAAGUUUCAGGUGGGAAGGCUUCAGAAUGGACUUCGAUGCGGAGGAAUUCAUCAUUCUUGAUGAGAUGAUUGAGACUGAUAUGGUCGAGGAGAGUGAGAGUGACCCACCAACAUCCUGGGAAGAUAAUGGGCCUCAGAGCCCCAAGGCAGGAGGAGGGGAAGAAAAAAGAGAAGGGGAUUGUGGAAAAAGCCCCACCAAUUGUGAGAAGGAGACAGUAAAAGAAAGGGACAGGAGCAGUGGGGUGAAUGGUAGUACGACUGGAAUGGAAGGUAGCUCUGGGUGUGGCAAAAGGCAGCCACUUUGUGAAGGACAUGGGUCUGAGUCCCCCAAAGAAAGGGAGGCACUGUGCAGAUCAGAGGGGAAGCAGGACAGCAAAGUGGGUGUUAGUGAGGUGACCACUGUAAGGGGCAUACAAAGCAAAGAAAGAACUCCAAGUAGAAGUGAUAUAGUGUUAGAAAAUUGUGAAGGGAAGGGGAAGGGUGGGUUUGUAAAUAGCAUUAUUUCAAAAGGGGAAACAGAUAAAGUAAAAAUUUCACAUGCGGAGGAAAGUUCAUCCUUGCAAGAUGGAAUCUCAAUCCAACCGAAAGUUCCACAAACUUCUGGGGAACCUGACAGUAAACCUGAUGAUGCAGAUGAAAAACCUGCAACAGAAAAAAGUCAGACACCUCAGGAUUUGGCCUUGUCUUGUCAGACAGAAGGCACUGCAGCAUUAGUUCAACCAGCACCCACUCAGAAGAGUGAGGAGAAAGACGCAUUACAGGGAUGUGUUGCGGGUGAGACGACCACGGAAUGGGGAAAAGUGCAGGGAGGAGGGGAAGGUGUAGAAGAGAAAAAACAAAUCAAAGAGCAAAACAAAAAACAUGACAGUAACAAUGAGAGAGAAUCAAAGGAAAGACAACAGAAGAAAGAUAACAAUCGAAAGCCUAAGGAACAAACAAAGAGAACAGAGAAUAAUGGAAAUAAAAAGAGCCAGGUAGAGAGAGCAAAGCGUAGCGCAAGUGGCAAAGCAAAGCACAAAUUGAACGACAAGGAGCCCCAGCAAGACCUUGCAGCGACCUCCAGUAGAGUGAAAGUACAAGCGUCUGGCAAACUCCAGAGUGGCCACCAGAAGGAAAGAGAGGAAGUUAACAAACGCAUCAAAGACAAAAAGAAAACAGUCAACAAAAGACAAGAACCAGGUAAAGUGGCAAAGAAUAUUAGUCACAGGAGCUCCAAAGAAGAGAAGAGAGGUACUGCAAAAAGCAAUAACAGCAGCGCCUCCACUGGCAAAGCUGCAGAAGAGGCCACAGCAAAGAAGGAGGCAGCUUCUUCAAAAGACGGCACAUCCAGGAAAGAGCAGGCACAAGCCAGUGCAGAUCGAGGGCAAAGCAAGAGCAAGCCCACAAAGGGCAUCAACAUAAAAAACAGCAGCAAAAACAGCAGCAAAAACAGCAGCAGCAGAAACACCAGCAAGAGCAACAAGGAGAGGAAAGUUCCUUUGGCGAAGAGGGAACGAGAGGAAGUGGAAGAAUCCAAAAGUAGGAAGAGGCCGAGGUGGGAGAAUAUAGAGGAGAGAGGCAUAGAGGAUGAGGAAUUUCAGAAGUUUUUGGAAGCAGCAAAGGAGGCCAUGGCAUCCAGCAGGAGAUACAGCCGAGUGAUCAUCGUAGGAGAUUCACGGAUUGAGCAUUUGAACAACCACUGGACUUGGGAGGAUAGGCACAUGAAGGUGGACAUAGUGAGCCGUCCUUUCCUGUGUUUGAAUGAGCUCCAGAAACUCGUCGAGGAUCUCAUCAACCUUGCACCCCACCAGGAGACAUUGAUUGUGUGCAGCUUGGGCAUCUAUGAGAUCAUUAAUUUGGAAGAUUACAAGCCUUGCAAGGAGGCAGGAGGGCACGAGGCUGUCAAGAACAUAACGACGAAGAUAAAGCUAGGUGAGGUUAAUGAGGUCUGCAAAGCCCAUAACAGUUUGCUCAAGCAAAUGAAGUUGGUGAAGAAGGCACUUGAAUCCUUGUCAGGAAAUGUCCGUGUCACAUUCACAGCCAUCCUGCCUGUCAGCCUGGGGGCAUUCCGGGAGAAGCAGGUGGCAGCACACAAGUCAGAUGGCCAGCAUGAAUUGGACGAUGAGUUCAUACCCAACAAUGAGACGCAAAGCAUGGAUAUCUGCCAGUUCCUGUGCUCGUUCAAUCGACUCAUCUUGAACGGAGUCAACCUAGAUUACACAAAGCAAAAGAUUGAAUGGAACCUCCUCAAGUCCCACAUAUUUCGCAACCCUACCACUGUCGAGAGGCACCUCGAAGAUGGCCUGAACCCGUCCGUGGAAGCUGUACAAACAUUAAUGGUCCCACACCUAAAGGACAUCAUUUUGAAACACUCCCAGGCACGGUAUCACAAGAUUGUACUGCUACAGGACUUGAGGAUAAGUGACUUGGAGAAGUGGACUAGCGACUUUACUUACUUGCAUUUCAAAGUCAAGGCCAAAGAGGAAGGAAGUAUCAAGCUCGCUUGUGCAGAAUUUUUACCAGAACUCCCAGUGUUCAAACAGUCAUUGAUUGUGGUAAGUUUUGGAUUAUAUGAUCUAGUUAAGCUCACAGGAAAUCCUGAAGUGAAGAUAGAGUUUCUGUUUAAGGGAAGGUCAACAGAAGAAGUAUGCAGAGAAAUGCUGGAUAAUAUGAGAAAUUUAAAAAAUCGAUUAAAGAAACAGUACGAAGGCUGUGACGUCAUCUUUGCUACCAUAUGCCAAGUAGAUUUGAUAUCAUAUUUGGAAGAAAACUCAAAACCCAGCAAAGAUAGCAGUUCACAGAAAAGUGUUCCUGUUUCUUCAGAAGAAUUGAGUAAGCUCAGAGACAUUAUUGAUGAAGUCAACAAAGUAUUACGUGCAGAAUCUCAGUCUAGGAAGCUGCCACUGUGGGAUUUCUGUAAAAUAAUCUGUGGCAGCUCAGAGGAAGAAUCCUCAAAGACUCCCAAGCGCAUUCCAAAGUCAGUUCUCUAUGAUGGAGUUCACUUAACCAAGGACUCGGUUUUGCGGAUAAUGGAAGCUUGUUUGGCGUAUUCCACUGCCUUGAGCAUCUAUAACAACAAGAACACAAAAGCAAAAAAAACUGGAAUGGCCUCAGCUCGCUCUCAAUCUCCACCAUUUCAGAGGGGGGGGAACAAGAGAUCCUCUGGGUUCCACAGACAAGACAGCCCAGAGAGCAAAAGAGAGAACAGACAGGUGGAUGAGGAUAGGACUUUCAAGAACAGAAGUAGCAGCAGCAGGAGGAGGCCGCUCAUCAGGGAAAAGAGCUUGAGCCCCUUUCAUGACCAGGUUGGGAUGAAAGCUGCCGCACGACAGCUCAAGCAGUCAGUGAUGGGCAUUUUGGAGUUGAAGGACUCAUAUAGGUUGAGAGGUAGUAGGGAUAGGAGCCCUAGCCCCAUCAGUGACCACAGUCACUACAGACCACGCUCAGGACACACACACAAAUAUUCACACACAAGAUUUGGCGAAAGGGACAGGCACAGCCCAGAGUUGAAUGGCAACUUUGGUCGUCGUCCAACUUCUCCAAGAAGGGAGGGUUGGAGGCCUAGCUUUAACCAGUUCCCUUUAAACAGGUAUCGAGACAGGCGUGGAUGGAGAAGAAGCAACACCCCCCCUGAUCAGUGGGCUUGGAACUGCGAGGAGAGAAGCUUUAGUCAACAACGUAGGCACAGGAGCCCACUCGCAGACCAGAGGGAUACCAGAACACAGCAAUCCCACUGGGAACACAGGAGCGGCGGGAGAGAGCGUUUUUGUCAAGAGGCAAGGAACUACCCAGUGAGCAUGUCUUCCAAUUCAAGUCGUGAUGAACGGCAGUACCCUGGGAGCUCAAGAAGCCCUUUCACUUCUAACAGCUCUGGAAGGAGCCAAAGGCAUCACCCCCAACGCUGCACCAGUCCAGAGGAGAAGGAUCCAAUGGCUAGAGAUGCAGUCAAGUCACUCUACCAGAUCCACUCACGUGAGUGCGAUAUGUACAGGCAGCAGCCCCAGGCACAUCCAGACUACGGGAAGGAGUAUAGGGCUUUCUAUGAUCGGAAAGCCCAGCAAGUGAUCCUCCUAGGCGGCGACCCUUCGACCUACGACCUGACGGAAGACUGGGGAAGCUUCUGGCCGGGGCGGAUGGAGGAGAUCUUCUGCGAGAGUUGGAAGAAGAAAAAGAGAGAGUGUUUGGCACUCCUUCGACCCGCUUCGUCCUCGUCGUCGUCCUCGUCGUCGUCUUCGUCAUCGUCUUCGUCGUCUUCGUCAUCCUCAUGUGAUUCCUCAGAUGAUUUAGGAUCUGAGUUCGAAAAAUCAGGAGAGGAGCGACUGCGGGAAAGAAGCAAGCGCAAACGGAAAAGGGGAAAGGCCAAGAAGAAACGAAUCUCCAACAAGAAGAGAGUAAAUGCAGAUAAAGAGUCACAGGAUGGUAAGAUGUCGAUCAAGAGGAAGGGAUCUCAUGAAACGGGUAAGUCCAGUAGAGGAAGGAAUUCCGAUAUUGUAACGUCCUUAGGUGAUUGCGGCAGCAAAGGAAACAUGGACUAUGUUGCUGAAAGCUUCUCUCGACAUUCUAGUCUUCUUGAAGAUGGCCAUCACUCCUUACCAGACAUGGUAAGAAGAGAUGAUGGCAUGGAAACUGCAGCUAGGAUGCAGAAAGUCCAUGAAGCAAGCAGCACCAGUCGUGAAUAUCAUUUGGAGGAACCAGCUGUGAAAGCAAAUACUUCAGACUUAGAUCUUUAUAGCCUGACAAACAAGGUAAAGCCAGGUGUGGAUAAUGUUAAGUUCAAUAACAAGAAACUCCAGGAAAUACUUAAUAGUCAACCAUCAGAAAUGACAGACUUCUUGGCCAAGAUCUUCCAAGGAACAAAUCCGAGUACCUCAGCUUUUGUUAGCACCAAUGCCCCUUCUGCCAGAAGCCAAGAGUCGUUUGACAGAUCUUUGAAAGAUAGUAAGUCAGAUCUGUUAUACUCUGGUGAAGGCAGAAGGGGAGAUAGGCUCCCUCUUGGUAAGGAAUUUAGUAACUACAUAGACAUGUUCCAGCUUACGAUGCCAGAAACUACUACGCUUUACGAGUCUACAGUGAUGAACCUUUUAAAUCCCGGCAGAAAAGAAACACAAAAAGCCAGUGCAUUGGAACCUCCAACUCAUAGGACCUCUGAGGCUUCAGUCCGAUAUCCAAGACAUUCCAAGUCUUGGGAUUCACCAGCUGUCCCUCAGACUCUGGGAACAUCAUCUGUACUAUCAGAAGGUAGUAGUAGCAGUCAUUUCUUGCGCAGCCCACUAGAGCGGGAAAGUUCAGGCUCAUCAGAAAGACUCCACCGGCGAGAGGAUGUCAACUAUAAAGUGAGGGGUAGAGACUAUCCAAGCGAUGAGCGGAAAAAAACUCUGAACAUCGGAACCUCAAAACCUUCAUCACUUAGAAUGUUUGAGCCUCUGCAUCAUCAGCAAUGUUUCUUGGAAUCUCUCAACUCCCCAACGACUUCUCAGGUUUUGGGGACUCCAAGUGUGACGUCAGAAGAGGUCAUGGAUGUGUUGAAGAUCCUGGACCGGAACGGAGAGAAAAUGGGCGAACUCAGGUACCCAAUCAAAGUCUUGUAUGAGAAAGCCUCAGAGCUGCAGCAGUGUGGACAGGGCGCCAUGAAGAUCUUCUCCGAGAGCGAGAACAUCACCCUCAUGAAAGUCAUCAGCAAGAGGAUGUUCCGGCUGUCGAACGACGGUACACUAAGCAUCAUUCAAAAGGUGAUCAUGCAGGAAGCUUUGGAGAGACUAAAUAAGCUGCUCGAGCAAGAAGAGGAAAGGACUCUCUAUGAGUCAACUGAUGUAAAGAGCAUUGCUCGUGCUUGUCUCAGAAAGAAUGUGGAGGCCACCCUGACCUUCAUCCGAGACGCUCUGGCCUACGAAGGUCACUUGGACAUCUCACAGGAGCUGCUCAAGAAGAUCUACCUCAGGGUGAAAGGAGAGCAACUGACUAUGAUCUCCGGAAGUACGAGUGGAUCUAUGUUGGAAUAGAUUCACUUUUCAAGGAUUGUAACCUCUUUGAUUGAGUUGGAUCCACUUUACUUGAGUCAGAUCCUUUUUUAUAGAGUUGGAUCUAUUUGGCAAGAGUCGGAUCCAGUUUUGUACAGCUGGAUCUACUCUCCUGGAGUCAAAUGGUAGGAGUUAGAUGUGUGUGGAAGUUAGAUCCAUACUUUAACUCUUGCGUGGUCCAACAACCAAAGAGCAUCAUCCUUGGAGAGCAGUUGCAUCAAAUCUGAGAAAGAAAAGGGUCCUGGUCAUCACAAGGAGGGUUAUAUGAUUGUACUCUAUUGUUACUCUAUUACUUUAUAAGAUGAUUCUCUAUCCAAUGGUGAUACACCGUACACAUGCCAAAUUGUAUAUGCAGUUCUGUUGGGGGAUUUUCUUUUUUUUUUUUUUUUUUUUUUUUUUUUCUUUUUCUUUUUUUUUUUUUUAUUGGUAUUCUGCCAUUAAUUUGUUUGCAUUCCAUUGCAAUUUGGAUUCCAGUACGUCAAAUUUUUUAAUGUAUUGUCGUUUCAACAGACGAUUGUAUAAUGUUCCAUAAAUGCAAAUAAAUAUGAACAAUUCAUAAUAAAACACUCGUAGAGUUUUGCACAUUGCCUUUGCACACGGUUCUGCUUCCUAGAAGAAAAAAGGGGCGAAUGACUAUUAAAAGGAAAAUUUGAUUAGUAAGAAAUCACAAAAUUCGUAAUGACAUAAACAUCACUUACGCAGUGACGUAAUUUUAUACGAAUCGUAAUGUAUGUAAUGCGAAUGCAAAGUAUAAAUUACGUUUUUUCUCUUUCUUUUUUUCUUUCUUUCUGCGUCCCUAACAAACGUCUAUGGUAAUUUUCGUUUAUCUUUCGUCAUGGCAAUAUCGUGUCAUUUAUUUUUAUUUUAUUUUUAUAUUUUAUUAUUACUAUUCUUUGUAAUCAUUUCAUCCGAAUGAAUCCCAGGAAUAUUUGUAUUGUUGUAUAUAUAAUUUUGAUCUAGUUUAGUGUGAUUAUUUUAUUCAUAUUGUCAUUUUUUUUUCGCAUUGUAGGCUUAUUUGUGUGGGGAUUAUUGCUGUUAAUUAUUCCAUAUUUUUCCUUUUUUUUACGAAAUCAAAUCAAAAUGACACAGUCUGUUGUUAUACGGGUUCUGUAUCUCAAGUGACUAAGGUUUCUAAGUGUGAUUUUUGGUGGGAAUUUCGAAAGUACAAAUGGCGUUUAUGUUAGAAAAGAUAAUUUGGUAUCCUUAAGUUGGGUGGUUUUGUCAACGGUUUCUUGCGUUUUUCUCUUUCUCUUUCUCCUUUUCUUUCUCUUUCUCUUUCUCGUUCUUUUUCUCGUUCUUUUUCUUUCUCUUUCUCGUUCUUUUUUUCUCUCUCUCUUUUUUUCUCUUU